AUGACCUCGACUAGCCUGUCCACCGCAACCCAUUCGAGCACUACUUCGACCACCACUCGCAAGACGACUUCGACCACAACCUCGACUGCUACGGAGUCGGCAACUACCACCUCGAACGCUGCUGCCGUCCUCAUGCCCCCGGCUGGCAGUCUGCUUCUGGGUAUGUUUGCUCUGGUCCUUUGA